AUGGUGGAUCUUGCAGAAGGAAAUAACAAGAAGGAAUUGAAUAAGGCAACCUACUACCUAGCAGAAAUUGAGGAAAAACUUAACUAUGGAGUGACAGAGGAUUUAUCCUUGGCUUACAAGAGAAUAUGUGACAUAAACAAAGCACUCGAGGAUUCUGCGAACGGUGUUAAAAGAUUCCAUGUUGGAUGCUGAUACUAGUUUUGAUGAUGUAAGAAAGUGGUCAGACACCCAUAAACAAGAUUUUAUUCCUGUGCGAAACCUACAAGAUAAACUGAAGGAGGCGUUAAGCGAUUUAGAGAAACAGGAAUUACAUAAGAAAGACGAAGAUUAG